AUGAGUAUUCGAACAUUAACAAUUGAAUCUAGAGAUGAUCCAAAAGUUAAAGAAAUACAUUAUUUGUUAAUUUAUUGGUUAAAUGAAGAAUUGGCACAGGAUAGAAUUGUUGUUAGGAAUUUACAGGAAGAUAUUUUUGAUGGACAAGUUAUCCAAAAAUUAGUUGAAAAGUUGGCACAAAUUAAGAUUGAAGUUCCAGAAGUUUCUCAGAGUGAAGAAGGCCAAAGACAAAAAUUGCGAAUUAUUGUGGAUGCUUUGGGAAAAUUAUUGAAUGAUCAACAAUACCAACAAGAAAAUCAAAAUAUACAUCAACAACAAUUAAAUAGAGGACAACAACAACAAAAAUGGACUGCAGAAUUAAUUCAUUCAAAGGAUAUUGUUGCUAUUUUACAUUUACUAAUUUCAAUGGCAUUACAUUUCCGAGCACCUAUACGUUUCCCAACAAAUGUAAAUGUUCAAGUUUUGAUAUAUACAAGGAAUGGAAAACAAAUAAAUAAAAAUAUAAUAACAGAACAAUUAACUACAAAACAAACAGAAUUAGCACCUAAAGGGGAAAGGGAUGCUUUUGAUACUCUUUUUGAUCACGGACCUGAUAAAUUACAACAUGUUAAAAGUUCUUUAAUAACUUUUUGCAAUAAACACUUAAAUAAAAUUAAUUUGGAAGUAACUGAUUUGGAAACACAAUUUCAAGACGGCGUUUUUCUUAUUUUACUUAUGGGGCUUCUUGAUGGAUAUUUUGUCCCUCUAUAUAAAUUUAAUUUACAAGUAAAUAAUAAUGAAGAAAAAUUAAAAAAUGUUCAAUUUGCGUUUUUUCUGAUGGAGGAAGCUGGAAUGCAAAAACCAAAAUGUAGACCUGCAGAUAUUGUUAAUGGAGAUUUAAAGAGCACAUUACGUAUUCUUCAUGCAUUAUUUACUAAAUACAAACAUGUCUGA